UUCUAAGUUAGAAAUCGUGUUUUAAAAACUUAACGUUUUAGUAAACACUUAAACACUAACAAAAGAAAACAAAAAAAAUAUAAUUUGUGUUUUAUUCUAGCAAUAUGAGCAUAAAUUUAGUAUUCCUGAUCGGUUUGAGCUUAUUAAUUACACUGUCACAACUACAGUACAUUAAUGCCAGAAGUCUGGCCACUAAAGUCAAUUUAACAAACCAAAAUAAUGCCAUCAGAAUGAAUACUACUGAACAGCAAAACAAGAACAAUCAAACUAAAUCCCUGGCGAUAUUCAAACCGAUAUCGAGCAAUGCAUUAACUCACAUUGUGCGGAAGACGCGAGAGGCUGAAGUAAAUUUGGCUGUUGACUUCAAUACGAUGCAUCAACACUGCGAUCUGGAUCAAAAUCGAGUGUCUGUCAUCAUCGAUAUGUUAAUGAACCAUUGCAUUGAAAUCUAUAACAAGCGAUACGAGAGCGAGGGAUAUUAUCGCCUCUACAAAACCUUUCAGCUGGAGGCGUUCUUCUUUGGCCAGUAUUAUGAGCGCAUUAAACGCUUCGAGGUUAAUCCGCAUUCUUGGGACUACUCGGAAGCUUACAUAUAGAUGUAUAUAUAUUUAAAUUAAUUGCUUAGCAGGCUGUGAUAUUUCUGCGUAGAAUUGUGAAAUAAUAAAUGUUUAAAAAAUA